ACGGUGCCCAGAUCACUUCAUGGGAAAGUGAUGUGACUCUUCGAGCCAAAACCGGAAACUAGCUUCUGGAUCGACUAGCAGCAUGGCCUCCUACAAGGUGUGCUUCACACUAGCGACCAUCUUGGUCUCAGCGCAGGCAGCGUUCAACCCUGCCCUCUUCGACUCGUUCCCCAGCGAACACCACUCUUGGGCCAGCGAUGACCACCUGGACUUCGCAUCGUCCGAGCAUUCAUCGUCCUACAGCCCGUUUUCAGCCCUGAAGAAGAGACAGCCGGAUUACGAAUCCUCCUACGAGCCUCCAAAGGAUUGGUUCGCAACGAACUUCAAAAAGGAGCCCAGAGAAGACAAGAACUACAAGAAGAUCAUAUCCCCGGUGUACACGAUCACAGAAAAGGACUCUCCGCUCUAUAAGGACAUCGUGCUGAAGUCCGGAGUGCCUUACUGCCAGGAGAGCAAGAGCAAGCGGGCCAGUAAGAACAAAAAUGCGAAGGACAGCUUGGUCUGCUUUAAAUGCAAGAACCCGAAGAAUGGAUCUACUUACGAGCAAUGCUCCUACGUGUCCCAGCCGCUGUCGGAGUCCAGCAAGGUAGAGAAAGUGCUGGAGCCGCCGGCUACCUUCAGGUUCAGGCGAUCCAGCUCUGAGGACGACUUUAAGAGCAAGAACUACAGAAGCCUUAGCACCCCGUACCGAUUCAACGAUAAGAUCUUCUCAGAUGCGGCGGAGGAUGUGCCAGCUGAGUACAAGAUGAAGGACGAAGAGUGCGAGAAGGUGGUGAAGGACUCGAUGGUCUGCAUGAUCUGCAGAGACAAGAAGAGCAACGGCAAGUACGAGCAGUGCUCCUACGUCAGCCAACCUAAGGAGAAGAAGUUCUCCUACAGCAAGUCCUACAAGGACCCAGAGGACAAAAAGGAUGAGGAUGAAGAGAGAUCCAGUAGAGACUAUUCCGAAAAGAAACCGGUCAGAGAAGCGUCGGAGAAAGAGGAUUCGGAGAAGCUGCGCAAAGAGGCUAGCGAACCAAAUUGCAAGAAGGUAGAGAAGGACUCUAAAACCUGCACCAUCUGCAGUGACCCCAAAACGGGGUCCAAGUCGGAGCAGUGCUCCUACGCUUACCAGCCCGACGACAAGGUCUACAAGUACACCAGGUCCAAGAGCUUCGGUAACAAACAGGCUCCGUCCGAGGACUACUCCAGCACCACUCAAGUUCCCAUUUACAAAAGUAGCUACUCGCAGAAGCCUGAUUACAGCAGUGACUAUUCAGUCCCAGAGGACUUUUACCAGAAAUCCGGCUCCAGCUAUUUCAAGGACCGGGAGGAACCCAGCGCCAGGUAUCAGAAGUCAGGAGACGCCGAAAGUUUCCUUUCCGAUUAUGAAAAGUCCAAGUCCGAGUCCGAGAGGAUCGCCAAAAGCAUCGAACCUAGUAAUUGCAAGGAGGUCGAGAAGGACACCAUGACCUGCACCAUGUGCAAAGACCCCAAGACUGGAGCCGUCUCGGAACAGUGCUCCUACAAGUUCCAGCCCAGUGAGAAGAAGUUCGCUUAUACCAAGUCCAAGUCGUUCGGCAACCCUACCAAGUCUGAGGACAAGUCAACGGAAGAGUCUGAGAAGAGCGAGUCCAAGGAACCUUCCUUUGAUGGCAGCAGGUACUACGGCUUCACAUCCGACAAAGCAGCUUCCAAGGACACGGACAGUCCUAAGAGAGACUACGACGAGUUCCCCUCCAGCAGCGAGUCCAAACCGGAAACCAAAGAACAGCCGUCUACAGAAUCGCCGGAUAAGCGGUUCUACGACGCCUUCGAGAAGAAAGCGGAGAUCAGGAAAGUUCUGCAGGACUUCCAGAAGGAGGACCGAUCCAACUGCAAGAAGCUGAUGAGGGACAAGAUGACCUGCUACCAGUGCGUCGACGAGAAAGGUUUCCGGCAGGAAGAAUGCGCGUUUGCUACCACCGAGGACUCGGGCGCUGACAAGUCCGAGAAAACUGAAUCCAAGGAGGAUGUCGAGCCUAGCAGGAAGGUGCCCAGAUCGUCGACCGUCGACAGACGCGUCGAUGACUCUCCUCGGGACUCCCAUGCGGCUGCCACCGAGGUUCGUCGGGUGAAGGAUGACUCUUCCGAAAAUCAGAGAUCCCAGGAAGAAACAAAGGGCGUGGACGCCUAUGCUUAUGUUGCCGAGACCAGGCCGGUAUUUGAUAAAGUACUCGGGUUCACGCUGCCAGCGUACAUGUUGGAUACUUCUGAGUACGAGAGGGAGUUCGACAAGUCCGUUGCAGUUGGCGAACAUUAACGCUGAAGGCGUUCUGCAACUUUUUUCAGCGAAAUUAGAAGACUGCGUUCAUUCGAAUCGUGUGCGAUCUUUGGGAAUUUUUAUUGGGAAAACUGUACGCCGUGGUUUUCUAUAUGUUUUAGGGUAUGUUGCUACACGUCUUAGGAAGUAAGAGCUAUCUUUACUUUUGAAAAAUCUGGACCUCGUCGAAAUCUACAGAGGUAUUGCGGCACGGUGUUUGAGUUGUUCCAGGGACGAUCGAUUUUUAGUUGUCUCUGGUAGUUCACGAUGAGACAGGUGUUUUAGAGUCUGCCGAUUGCUGGAAACUGUAUAUUUCGUAUUAAUUGUUCAUUCGGAUCAACAUUUGUGGUCCCAUCAGUGUAGCAUAAAAUGCUUUUAGCGUUUCCCAAAAUCAACGCUUGUCGACCGAAUUUCUUGCGUAGAAAUUAAAUGUAGGGCCAAGUAAAACCGAGAAAAGUAGCAGCGAGCGUUAUUUAGUAUCUAAGCUGUAUCGUUAAACGUGAUUAAAUUGUUCCCACCAAA